UUGAACAGGCUCGUUAGAAUUUCUUACGAUCUACAAAGUAAGAUUUAAAUACAGACUUCACUUUAUUUUCAAAUAUACGAUCAUUAUAGAAUUGACUAAUCGUGGGCCCAAAGGAACAUUCAAUCCACAGAUAUCUUUCAUUAGAGUACACAGUAACAAUAAUUCGAAAGAAAUGUCUAAUAAAGCGAGAAUAAUCAAAGGCCCACCUGCCGAAAAGGUAGUGCUAGACUGUUCAGUAGGACAAUAUUUCUUAGAAUGCUUGCGAAAACAUUCUAAUCGUAUUUUUGAGAUUGACGCCGAAACUGGACAAUUUCAAACGAAUGGGGACAUAUUGGAAAAAAGUGUCAAACUCGCCGAGAUUUUAAAGAGACGUAACAUAAAAGUGGAAGACAAGAUAUCUAUUGCUGCGGAAAAUCAUCGCAAUUGGUUUGUAGCAGCAUUGGCAGGCAUAUAUGUCGGGGCGGUGAUAGCACCUUUGAAUCCUUCGUAUACGGAAUUUGAGAUGAAACACAUACUGAACAUUUCAAAGCCGCGAAUUAUCUUCGUAUCACGACGAAGCGAAAAACUGUAUAGUGAAGUAAUAGCUAAUCUAUCUUGGGAGAUAGAAUUGAUCGAAUUAGACGAUGAAGCACUUACGAGUAACAUGCCUACGCUAAAAAGUUUGUUGGAAACGACAGACUGUUACACAGAUCCUUAUCGAUACACUCCUGUUGAUAUCGGUGAUAAUAAGAAACGACCAAUUCUCAUUUUGUGCUCAAGCGGUACUACGGGCUUGCCAAAAGGCGUAAUGUUAUCUCAUCAGAAUCUGUUAAACUUCGCAUGGAAUGGAAGUAAAUCCGAUUAUCUAGAUAUAACGCAAGACGACAGGAUGUUAUUGUUCCUCCCAUUCUAUCACGGUUAUGCCUUUGGUAUGUUAUCAAUUGCAAUAGUAUUUGGAUGUUCGCUAGUCCGGAUUACCAAUUUCUCAGUAGAACUUUUGUUCACUUCGAUCGAAAGAUAUCGCAUCACUUUUCUACCUAUCGUGCCGCCGGUGCUGAUUAUUCUUGCAAAACACCCGGCGGUUCCUAGCUACGAUUUUCGAAGCGUGAAUAAAGUCUUGUGUGGAGCAGCACCGUUACCAAAGGAGUUGCUGGUGGAAGCAAAGAAAAGGCUGCACGUAAAGUCUAUUAUUAAUGGUUAUGGCAUGACAGAGGUUUCGAUAGUGAUCGGACUUAGCGACAAGUCCGGAGAGAACGACAAUGCUAUCAGUAAGCUUAUGCCCGGUGUACAGUGUAAGAUAAUCAACCCCGAGACAUUCGAGACUUUAGGACCGAUGCAACCGGGCGAGUUGUGCAUCAAAGGCGAGCAUAUCCUAAUGUUAGGAUACUACGGUAAUCGCAAGGCGACCGACGAAACAAUCGAUAAGGAUGGUUGGCUUCAUACGGGUGACGUCUGUCUUUACGACGAGUCUGGCAAGUUGUUCAUCGUCGAUCGACUAAAGGAACUCAUUAAGUAUAAAGGUUAUCAAGUCUCGCCGGUCGAGAUCGAAGUUCUCUUACUUUCUCAUCCUGCUGUUAAGGAUGCUGCUGUCGCUGGUAAACCUGACGAAAAUUCCGGUGAACUACCAAUGGCUUUCAUCGUGAAGCAACCUAAUUCGAAAAUCACCGCUGAAGAUAUUGUAGACUACGUUAAAGGACAAAUGUCGCCGCAAAAGUGGCUGAGAGGUGGCGUACGUUUUAUCGAUGCCAUUCCUAGGAAUUCGACUGGAAAGAUCAUGCGACGCGAACUUCGAAAUUUGGCGUCUAAUUUGUAAAGAAUAAACUUCGCCGUGGGAAAUUUUUUUUUCUA